AUGGCCGCCUGGACCGACAUCCAGAUCCUGAACGUCAGCCCUAUUCCUAGCGCGGCCCGUGACUCCGCGCAGGCGCACUGGGCAACGGUGCGGGUGGCUUGGCCGACGUCUACCGCAACGUUGCCCUGGGGCGGGAAUGCCGACGCCCGACCCUCACCGUCUGUCACGUCUUCCACGCGCACGCACGAAAUAGCCGCGGGAAACCCAGUCCACGCGCGGUCGACGCCGCUCGGUGUCGGAGCACGACAUCGGAAGCUUAUCCUACAGCUCUCGCGGCACGCGCCUCUCCGUGCGCGCGCGGAAAGCAGCGCGGCAUGUGGCGAGAGCCGCGGAUACGUUGGAAUGUUCAAUCGCGUCCAAACUCCUCUGCGGAAGCCCGCUUGGCUUCUGUGCCCUGACCCGCGCCUCGCAUCCUCGGGGGUUCCUGCCGCGAAGUCGACCACCCGCAUAUCACACCCGGUAGUCGAGGCUACGCGACCCUGCACGCACGCCGCGUGCGUCGCGACGUAG